CAUAAUUGUUUGGUAUGGGGUUUCUCAGACUUUCCUCUGAGGCAGUUGGGCCUGUGACUUACCCUGAAAAAUAGAUCAUUGGUGGGCCUUUAUAUUAUGGGGCUGAUCCUUUUUUGUUUUACGGUAGUGUUCAGAUGUCCCAAGCAAAAUUCAGGGUCCCAUUACAAAAACACAGUAAGAGAUUGUAUUUGAGGCACGGGACAAUCUAAACAAAUAGACAAGAUAGGCAAACAGUAGGAUAAAGUAUUAUUAACCUCCAUUUAUAGAUGGGGAACUGAGGCAGAGAUGAAGGACCAGAUUUUCAAAGGUAUUUAGGUGCUUAAGAUGCAAACAGAUGCUUAAAGGUGCUUUUGAAAAUCGCACCACCAGGUUAGGUGCAUAACACCCACUGAUUUCAAUAGGAGUUAGGUGCCAAACCUAACUUAAGCACUACUGGUCUAUUUCCUAUUCCAAUUUUCACCAAAACCAGUACGGUUCUGCUCACUGAUGCCUAGAAUAUUCCUGGAAUUUUGGAAUUGAUUGGAUGUGGUGUUCACAAGUUCAUGUUACAAACAGAGAAAUGCCAUCAAGUAGAGUGAAGAGCUCACAUAACUCAGUAAACAAGUUUUCACGUUUUCCUCUCACAGAUCACUUCUUCAGAUAAAGAAUAUUUCUUCUCCCAACCCGCCCUGCCUCAUACCUACAGUACCCCGCAGCAACAAGGGAGUUCAGUGACAUGAAAAGUUAUCCCAGCCGGGGCCCCGCCGAAAAUGUUCAAAUUGGGCCCAGCACUUCCUAAAGCCGGCUCUGGCUGCCAGUUCAGCUCACAAGCUCCAGAAAUCCCAACAAGAACAGGCUGGCUGCCUCCUGUAGGCAAGACUUGAAAGCCAGAUGCCUAGUGUGAUGGAAACAAAUAGAAGGUGCAGAAGCUGACAGAAUGGAACAUGACAACAGCGAAGACGACAACAGCGGAGACACCUCCGAAGAAAUGCCCUAGAGCCCUUGGGCUAUCAUGCUUCAGGAAUGUGCGUGAGCCACUUUCGAUCUCCUGGCUUCUACCCCCCUACCCUGCUGGCAGGGCCAUUGUGCAGCACCCUUUCCAGCCUACCAGGGUGCAGGAGAUGGAGGAAGAGAGCAUCUGCCAUCCAGCUCCAUCCCAUCUAGAGCAAGUGAGUGGAGGUCUCCAGAGCCAUCGCCAGUGUGGUGGGAAUGGCCCAGCAAUAGGGCUCCCAGCCCUUCCCUUGCAGGAGUUUGUUCCCAAAGUUGAGAGUCUUUGGGGAGGGCAGAACCUGCCAAGUGCUGAACACUCACAACUGCAAGCAGUGAAAUCAGUGGGAACUGAGAGUGACUCCUCCCUCCUAGGAUUGGCACCUUGUGAACGAACUUUCGUUGAGGACUAUCUGGGUUCUGCUCUUUCUCUGGCCUGGGAGGGAGCGGGGCCUUCUGGGGUGGAGGGAGCUGCUUGUCCAAACUAACGGAGAGCCCCAUUGCUCUGAAAGAACGAGACUCUCUCAGUUUCACAGGGCCUUAUUGGUGAGGGGGAACAUUGGGAGCAGCCUGUGCUGUGAGCUGCUGCCAGUGCUUGUGGACGGCAGCCCCCCUGCCGUGGGGUGGGGUGUGUGGUGAGGAGGAAUUGCCUCAGCAGAGGGGACGUGGGCAGGGGAGCAGCCAGGCCCGUUAAUGAGAGGCUGCCUUGAGCCCAGACUCAUGGCUGCUCCCCACUCAGUUCCAGGAUGGAGCGGUUGAAGCGGAUGCUGAGGAGGAAGGCUGGGCAGGUGGCUCUGGAGCCAGUAGGGAGCAGCGUCCGUCUUGUCCAGGAGGAGAGUGGCCCCUCUGUCCCCGCAGGCGGGGAAGAGGCCAGUGGGCAGGCAAAGUGGAGAAGCUUCCUGACCUUCUGAAGGAAGAGAAAAACACCAGCUCCCUUAGCAGGCCCUGAGGCACCUUCUGGUCCCAAAUGGAGGUGGCCUCGGAUGAUGCUAUGUAGGAGGGACCCAGGAGAGGGCGGGAUCCGGGCAAGGUGGCUCUGCGGCUUCCUUUCCAGGAAGCAGAGGAGCCAGAAGCCCAGUCCCAGGGCCCAGCAGGAGCCAUCCACCAGCCUGGCCACUGAGGAGCCCUCAGCCAGCCCAGAGCAGGAGCUGGGCGGCUCCGGCACGGGGACCAGCAGCUCCUCUGUGCGGUCUGACAGCCCUGAGGCUGAAGGCUCCCUCUGUGCAGAGACCCCCAGUGCCCAGCAGGAGUGGGCUGAGGAGGAGGAGGAGGAAGAAGAGGAGGAGGAGCAUGUGUCCCCUGAACAAGACACCAUCAGGGUCAUCCAGGAGCACCUCCAGGGCAGAGUUAAAUUGGUGGCCAAACAGCUCCGCUUCCUCCAUACUGUCCCACGUCUGUGCUUUUCAGCACAGCAGCAGGGGCUGAACACUCUGGAGCCCCACUUCUCCAAAGCGGCCCUCGUGGAAAGCAUUGCGGAGCUGAUUGAAAAUCUGCCCGUGGUGCCAGAGCCAGCCUCCAUCAUCUCCAGCUCCAUGGCCACAUUUGAAGCCUCAGGAACCAGGACCGUCCCAUCUAGCUGCCCUAACCCUGGUGCUGAUCGGGUCUGGAGCCGGGAGUCCCAGAUCUUCUCUGGCCUAGAUUACCCCCAGCUGUGGCUGUUCACAUCCCCCCGCAGAGGAGGCGGGAAUGUCCCCCUUCCUGGCUGGGGGGUGCUUCACUCAAGUAACGUUUGAGUGGCCGUAGGGAGGGGAUCACUGCGGGGGAGAGGGUCAUGUCCAUGGCAGUGCCAGCGCCACUCCGGUGCUGCCAAGGAUAACACGGGCUCCUCUCUCCCGCCAGCAAACUGAAGCCGCUGCUUGCCCUGGAGCUGGAAUCACGCCUCCUGCGGGCUCUUCUUUACACCAUCUUCACCAUGGGCACUGGGCAGGAUACCACCCACUUCCAGGCUCUGCACAACACCUAUUUACAGAGCCUGGACGCCAUGCUCACUGAGACCCCCACUCCAGACAAGCUGCAGCACGUCUUGGAGUGAGCUGUUAGCCAGUGAGUGGCCUAUCGAACGGACACUUAAUUCACAAUGGACCAUGGGAGGCGCCCAUCUACACUGAACGGACUUUUCUGUGAACGUUCCAUCUGACGUAUCCUGCAAAGUAUCCAUCCUGCAAUGACUGAGCAAAAUCGGGCAUGGACGGGGACUUGCCCAUGUAACUCCAAGCUCCCAUCUUUCAGCUGUGAUUUUCCACUAGCUGUGCUGAGGACUUUGAAACAAUGGGUUUCCCUCCACAUGACAGAAGUUAAAAGAGGCCCUGGAAACAUCUCCACUGUGCCUCUAUCCUGCUCCAGCCUCUGGACUAUGGACUUAGACUAAUGGGAGCAUCUAACCAAGGAAGAGGAACUUCCAGUGAUUUGGAAACACCCAAAGACUUAUCAAGCCAGCAGUUUAUUCCAUCACUGCUAUAAGCCUGAACCAAGAACUUUGCAAUUAUUGUAUUUGAUUCCUUUA